AUGGACAGUGGUCAACCUGCAGAUGCAUGGUGUAGCAGUACUGCUCGAGCACUGGACAUCUUCAAUCGACGUGGUUCGCUUCUUGCUGUCGCACUCGGUGGGGUUAACAGCGAAGCAGUUGCAUCAUUACCUACUUACAAUUCACCGAAAGCUACCGCACCUGCUCCUUAUUCUUCCAGUUAUCAGUACAAUGAUCACAAUAUCAGUACAACGAUGACAUCCUGUCCUACGCAUGGCUUUGCAACCACGUCAUCAGUAGCAUCUUCUGGAUCCGUUCAAAAUAAUGUUGCGGCAUCACAAUAUGAUACUCGUGUUGCAAUCGAUGGCGAUUGCAGUUCACAAAUUGUUUCCGAACGUAUUAACGAAUGGCGACCAUGCUAUCCACGUCUUUGCGCUCAUCAUGAUUGCGUAAGCCUAGCAUCAGCCUGGGGACUUGGUCCACCAACAACAUCUCUCGAGCCUCGUCCAACUGGAGCAUCACAGGCUCAGAGUCCGUGUGAAGAUGACAUGGGUGAUGGUAAAUCUAAUGAUCUGUUGGCAAAUUGCCCAGCUUUCAGAAAUGAAUUAGGUGGUGAACCAAUUCGUCGUUUGGCCCUUUCUCGUCGCUUCAGUGCUGCUUCAAAAGAUGAAUUAAAAAACAAAGAUGAAACAUGGCAACGAGAACAUACAGCAUCUGAAAUUGGUAUUCUGGAAGAUGUUAGCAAUGUGUACCUUGGCGGCAGAUUGUGCGCAGCACGUCAACAAAAAGUUGUCAUCGAGCCUCAAGAUAUUGGCGCUUACUACUAUCGGCACUGUUUUCUUGGACGACCUCAUUGGAACUUUUUUGGUACCGAUGAAACACUCGGUCCAGUUGCCGUCUCGGUAGUUCGUGAACGUAUUGAAAGCGGUAUUCAGAAUGUUACCAUUUAUCGAAUGAUUGUUCGGCUCAGUGAUCUUUGUACGCUACGAGUUGCAAUACCAGAAGAAGUUGUUUCGGAUAAUAAUACCGAUCAGAAAAAUACUCGAUCAUUGAUAAAAGAAUUAUUGGAAAUUGCCUGUCCACAAAUACACUACGGAAUCCUUCGUCCAGCCAACCCGUCAUUUACAAGAGUUGAAGAUUUUCUUGUCAAAAUUGAUGAGCAGCCGAUUUAUACACGAUAUAAAGUUGGCGUGAUGUAUUGUGGCGUCUGUCAGUCCACUGAAGAGCAAAUGUAUAAUAAUGAAAGUGGAUCUCCUGCUUUCGAAGAAUUUUUAGACUUCCUUGGACAGCGUGUGCGAUUGAAAGGUUUUGAUCAGUAUAAAGGGGGUCUUGAUGUACGUGGUGAUACAACGGGUACACAUUCGAUAUACGUCAAAUAUCAGGCACAUGAAAUAAUGUUCCAUGUAUCAACACUUCUUCCUUUUACUCCCAGUAACAAGCAACAACUAGCUCGAAAAAGGCACAUUGGUAAUGAUAUGGUCACUGUAAUUUUCCAAGAGCCUGGUGCUCUUCCUUUCAGUCCAAUCACUGUCCGUUCACAUUUCCAGCAUGUUUUCAUAAUUGUACGGGCCAAUAAUCCAUGCACUGAUGAUGUAACUUACAGUAUUGCUGUAUCACGAGCGAAAGAUGUUCCAGCUUUUGGACCUGCUGUACCUCAAGGAGCCACGUUUCCAAAAUCCGCUGAGUUCCAUGACUUUUUCAUCACAAAAAUAAUAAACGCCGAAAAUGCGGUGCAUCGUUCGAAAAAAUUUGCGGCAAUGGCAGCACGUACCCGUAGAGAAGCAUUGAAAGAAAUUGCUGAAAAUUUCUCUUCGGCUCAUCCUAAUGAUGGACCAGCAAAAAUUGCAAGUCGAUUUUUGGUUGGAUCAGUGAAACGAAAGGAGCGAUCAUUACCACGGCCAGUAUUAAGUGAAUCGUUACAUGGAGCACUUUCGUGGCUUGUUGAAGUUCACGAUCAUUCACAAAAUCAGUCGAUCACAUGUGUUCUGGGUUUAUCUAGUGAAACUUUAGCUAUUUUGGAAAUGCCAUCCGGUCAAGUUAUUUGUGCGAUACCCACACAUUCGAUCAUUGGUUGGGCCAAUACGGAUUCAGGAUUGAAAAUUUACUUUGAUCACGGAGAUGUGUUGCUUUUGAGAUGCCGCACAACUGAUAAUAGUGAUCGAGAAUUAACUGCUCUAAUACGACGUUUAGAGUGUGUUACGAAAGGCGAUGAAGCUAAGGAAGUAUUACAUCGGCGUGCACGAACUUCCGACAAUUUGGGCUUCCACCUACAAGAAGAAGGUGUUGUUACUGAUGUAGAAAUGUAUCAUACAGCUUGGCGAUGUGGGCUUAGACAGGGAUCACGAAUUGUUGAGAUUGAAGGUAAACCAAUCGUUACAAUGAGUUACAACGAAAUUUGUGAUCUGAUGGCACAUCGAACUUCACUUCGAUUGAUUAUGAUUUUGCCAGCAUCUGAUGGUUCACCCCGUAGGGGCUGUGCUGAUCCACACUGCCCUGCCGUAAGCGGUGAUGAGCGGUUAUUGUUGAUGCCUGAUACAUUUGCGAAACGAAAUAUGAACUAUCUCAGUAGUUUUAAAAAUGAACAACUUCGCAUGCUCAAUAACUGGGACAAAACUAGAAAGCAGUCAAGUAGUUUUGAGGAUGAAUCAAUUGCAUGGAACAGACAUAAUGCUGCGACCAAACUUGCACGUUAUGAAAGAGUUAGUUGUUAUGUACGCUAUGAAAGACCUGCAAAUACUGAGCCUGUCAAAUGGAAAGUAUUAAAUAACUGCCUGUAUGAAUCUACUUACAAAGUACAGGGGCGAAUACUGCGUGUACGUUCUGAAGAUUCAUUAAUUUCAUCCUCAGAAAACUGUCGCAAUACCUAUUCCCAGUCGAGAAGCGAUACUUAUGGCCGCAGUAUUAGUCUUAUAUCUAAAACGGGAGAAUCUGGAAAAAUAGUUGCGAAAAAGAACGCUGAAUUGGAAAAGAGCAAAACACAAUUACAAAAAACACUGAGAGAAAAGCAAGCUCUGGAAGCUAUGAUUUCGCGUUUGAAAGAAGAACUUACAAAAGAGCGACGUGCACAUGAAAUGACGAAACUUGAAUUACAGAAACUGCAAAAGUAUUUUGAAAUGUUACCAAACGUGUCGCUGUAA